CCGGUGAACCAAUGCGGCCAGGAAGCGAGAGCGGGUCACAGGCAGCCGAGCGGGGAUGGCUGAGGCGGCCGGGCUGAGCUGGUUGGAUUGGACGGGGUCUUCAGCUGACCGCUGCGGCUCAGCGCCGGGGUCCGCCCUGAUCGCCGGGCAUGGAGGGCUGCAGCUUCAGAGACCCUUGGUGAUCACCGCCAUCAGCCGAUUGUGACCCCCAUCACCCCACCAUGUCUGAGCAAAUGGGAGCGUCCAUGCCAGGAGACUGCGGCCCCCUCCUCUUCUACGAGCGCCACUGCCCGCCGCCGCUGCCGCCUGGGCUGGACGGAGUAGGCCUGGGCGGGCCGGCGCACCAUGGCUUCACCCCUGACUGCCUGGAUGGCAUGCGGCCUCACGCUGGGUCCCCCAAGAUGGCCGCCGUCACCGGCGACAACGGCUGGCCGCCCUCGGGCCUAUCCGGGCCGUCGGGGGCCAAGCCCGAGGGGGCAGCAGAGGGCCGCAGCCCGGCCGUCACCUACGUCGAGAGCCUGGCUCAAGGCAGGCUGGACUCCUUUGACGAGGCCUUCCCUCACCACCGCUCGAUAGGCCAGGGCCCGGGAGUGGCCGCCUGUGCCACAACCCCCACCCUGAGGCAGAUGCUCGCAGGGGUCGCGCCCUCGCCCCGCUACCUCCAGGCUAGGCUUCCCCAGGGCCCUCACUGCCGCCCGCAGGAGGCCCCGAGCCUCCACUGUGCCAUAGCUCAGGCCCGGGGCCUGCCAGGUUUCCCACAGCGGCUGGCCCAGCCCCAGGGCGAGGCGGACGGGCGAGGCGCCCACUAUCGGCUCCCACACGUGCACCAGGCCCACCGCUACCUGCAAGGGGCAGGACCCCAGCCCGGGCGAGGGCAGGAGGGGAGGAGGGAGGAUCUCGCGCUGGGAGCCGGACAAGCCCAAUCCUACGUGUGUGGACCACGGCUGCAAUACUGCAUGACAGAGACACCGCGGGAGUCAGUGGGAACACCAGUCUACCAGCACAACAGCCAUGGGUCCCCAGUCACUGUCCCCACCACGUCCCCACACUACCUGAGUCCCUGCCAGCGGCCGGAGUCGGAGAAUGCCUGUGUCCAGCUGCUGGACACCUCCACCAACAAGUUCUUGACCUCCCAGCUCUGUCCGACCGACCUCUACUGGGAACAGGUGCACCAGGCGCCUCUGUCCUGCGACAGGGUCUCCGGCCAAAGGAGAGGGCCCGAGGAGAAGGAGGAGGCAUCCUACCCCUUCAACCGCGGGAGCUGCAAGGACCAGUUCAGGAACGUCGCGAGUUUCCAGGGCCACGCCGCUCCCGGGGGAGGCCUGGGGACGUCCCACAUCAUGACGCAGAAUGACAUAGAGAAGAUCCCGAGGGAUACCGGACACUUCUCUCCCCACCUGCCCACCAGCGCCUUGGCCCCAAAGGCACCGGAAGGGGACAACUGCGGGCGGGACAGCCUGCUGGCGGAGACCUCGGGCGACUUCCUGUCCGGGCAGGAGCUGACCCUCCUUGACAACAUGGUGGACUACGCAACCCCAGAGAGCGCUGAGGAUCUGGAUGCCAAGUACCCGCCCGUGACCCUGUACCGGAGCCUCCUCCGCCUCGCCAGCUGCAGCACCGGGGACUUCCCCGGACAGACACCAGAGCACCUCCAUUACACGCCGCGGCCCAUGCUGGACCCCACACGGAGAGGGACCGGACUCUACUCCAGCCUCAGUCCGUCCACGCCCGCCAUCCCUCCCUUCCCCUGCAGCGAGCUGAAUGGCUUCCAUUGUAUGUCCCAGGAUAACACGACGCAGGGGGACAGCCAGACUCCCUGCAUCAACGUGGGGCCCAGGUUCCAGGCCCUGGUCCCGGAGCGGUGGGAGACGUCCCCGGAGCGCUCGGGAGAGCACCGGGCCGAGCUGGUGUGGAAGCCCUGGAAGGGGCUGGUGGAGAGCCGCGAGGUGCAGGGGCAAGUGGAGAAUCUGCUGAACUUGGCCUGUUCCAGCGCCCUGCCCGGGGGCGGCCUCAACCGCGAGUUCGCUCUGCACUGUCUCUCCGAGGUCAACGGCGACGUACUGGUUGCGCUGGAGAAGCUGUUGUUGGAGAACGGAGCCCGGCCGACCUCUCACCAGCUGGCCGACUAUCACUAUUCGGGAACCAGUAACUGGACACCCAGCGAGAAGCGACUCUUCAACAAGGCCUUCGCCGUGCACAAGAAAGAUUUCCGCGCCAUCCAGAAGGUGGUGCGGACGAAGGUCUUUGCCGAGUGCGUCGAGUAUUACUACUCCUUCAAAAAGAGCCUGAAGUUCAACAAGAAGCUGCGGUCGCGGCCGUCGGACACAGACGAGGACUGGAACAACGCCAUCAGGCAGGACACGGACUACGAGUUGUCCUUCGCGAGCCCGCAGUCGGUGCAGCCGGCGCAGAGGGCGGAGAGAGAGAGCCCCUGCCCCACCGUCAUCGGCAAUUUCCCCUGCAAACAGUGCGGAAAGAUGUUCUACAAGAUCAAGAGCAGGAACGCCCACAUGAAAAUCCACCGGCAACAGGACGACUGGCACCAGGGGUCUCAGGAGGCGAUCGGCCCCCCGACCCCCUACAGCGGCCCCACCCUGGGCAAGCCAGCCCCCACCCCGCCGCUCUACCCCAGCUGGGACGGCCGCGAGCUGCCGGGGCAGGUGGAGGUCAUGUCGGAGGCCGUGGCCAGCGGCGGCCUAACCCAGUUCUACCAUCCGGAGAGCAAGUUUGGCCUGAACAGGAGCAAGUGCCCCAACUUCUUCCUGUAAAAGACAACGCCCCUGCGACGCAUGAA